AUGGAUCAUACAGAAGAACAACUCGCUGAUUUAGCUGCUUGGAGAGUGAAAAAGCACCUAUCAUUUCCCAGAGAAAAAUCAAGCACAUCCUACAUAGAGGAACAAGAACAACCAAAAACAUUUCAUUUUUUCGCCUAUAAUCCAGAGCAAGGAACAACAGACUUAUCACAUGUCAGCUUAAAAUAUGAUGAAAAGAAAGAUCCUGCUAUCUUUUCUGUUCCUUUAUCAUUUACAAAGAAAACAAAAACAGUUUAUAAGCAACACGAUCGUACAGAAUUUGGUUUCGAUGUACGAGCAUAUUUAACGCCAAAUAAUAGUCCAAUUUACCCGGUUCAUAAAUGA